AUGACUGCCGCAGUCCUCCCUCCUCGUGGUGAUGUUAUAGCCACUCUGAAUUUCUACAGCCCCCCAGAGGACAACUCCAAGCCCUACAACAAUGUCGACCCAAACCCUGGCCAGCCCCCGCGAAACUACGGCAGCGUCUCACAUAACGCCACCAUCCACGACAUCCGCGGCCACGAGACGGAGUAUUCGCUCGACAGGGACGCAUUCCAGGUGCUUCUUAAUGUUCCAGAGUCUGUUGAAAAGGAAUUCGUUGACGAAGAGUCCAUCAAGACAAACUACUACCCCGAGGUAGAGAAGCUGCUCUUGGACAACAUCCCUGGCACCAACCGUGUCUACAUCUUCGACCACACUAUCCGCCGCUCUAGACCUGAUGCUCCCCGUCAGCCAGUCAACCAGGUGCAUAUUGACCAAACGGCAAAAUCUGUUGCGAAGCGUGUCCAGCGUUAUUUCCCUGAUGAGGCUGAGAAGCUUCUCCAAGGGCGCUACCGCAUUGUCAAUGUCUGGCGUCCGCUGAACAAGAAGCCGGUUGAAAGCAACCCGCUAUCCUUCGCUUCAACUUCCUCCCUCCUGGAUCAGGACGUUGUGCCCAUCGAGCAUCGCUAUCAGAAGACAGGCUACGUUGGAGAGACAGCUGGCAUCAAGCACAACAGCACGCAGAGGUGGCACUACAUUAGCGGUAUGACUGGCAGCGAGCGCCUGUUCCUCGAAUGCUUCGAUAGCGAGUCCCUCAAGGAAGGCUCCAAGAUUGGUGGACGUGCUCCUCACACGGCCUUUGUUGACCCGCGCAGCCCUGCUGAUGCUGAAGGCCGCGAGAGUAUUGAGGUCCGCGCCUUGGUAUUUGGCCCUUGA